GCUCUCAACUCGCUGUCCCGGGGGUGUGGGUGUGUGUGGGUGCUGUAAGUCAAGCUUGCGAUCGCGAGGGGCGGGGAUAGGCCUGCUAGAUCUGGGGUUCGGAGCUUAGGAUGCCCUUCCUCGUUAGGAAGCGAUCCAGGAGGCCUCCUUCCUUCUUGGAAACUAUAACGAGCCUGGGGUAUUGUUCUCCUGACUCAGAAAGCCUUUUCUUCAGUGGAACAGGAGGUCCUGCUACCUCUAGGUCCUCAGAAAAGGACCCAUCCCCCUCCAGUCUUGGGGUUGGCGUUCUAGAAGCCCCUCUCCAAGAGGUGAUUUAGAAGUACACCUGCCCCCCUCCUCCCUCAGGACCUCAGGAGGGACUCCAGUGCUUUCUUUUCCAAUUUUCCAGUUGAGAACUGGGAAUUCAGGAAGCUAAUUCCUGCAGACGCUAUCAGAAGGUUACCUCCCAAGUAUUUUCAUGUCCCCAUCUUGCAACUAUGUGCUCUGGAUUAGGAGCUAUUUGAGAACUCAUUCCCCUUGGUUUACACCCUCCGAGCUAUAAGACUGGUUCCCCUACCUUCCAGGAACCCACCCCAACAAGGUACUCCCCCUGCUCCAACCUCUACAGGAUAGGACUAUGUUGCUCCAUCUCCCCAUUUCCCUACCCCAGCCAUGGGAUUAAUUUUAGAAUUCUGGGGAGGGAACACAAGUAUGCUAACAACAGUCCCCAUACCCCCCAAGUGGCUCAGAACUCUCCUCUUCCCAGUAUAUCCCCUCACCCCAGUAACCCAAGAUGGUCUCCAAUUAUUUUCACUUGCCUUCCAUCUCUAGUUAGAAUUCCCAAUCAUCUAGCCAACUGAGAAACAUAUCCUUUACCACUGUCUGCAUCUUCCUGGCUAUGGAGUCCAAGGAUCUCCUUGUAACCCCUUGCCCACAAGAAGAAAUUCUGUGCCCCCCUUUCUUUUGUAGACAGCGUGUUGUUCAAUAGCAUAGGUUAGCCUUGAACUCUUAUGUUGCCCAGGCUGGCUGCAAGCUCCUGAUCUUCCUGCCACAACCUCCCAAGUGCUGGGAUUACAGAUGCUGUCCCUGAAGCCAUUAGCUGUUCCACUCCCAGGAUGAGACGCUCUGUCCUGGUCAGAAACCCGGGCCACAAGGGUCUGAGGCCCGUUUAUGAAGAUCGGGAUUCUGACUCCGGGGACCUGAAUCCCAGUCCCAAGGAUGCCCACCCCAUUUCUGAAGACACAGAACCUGAUCCUGAGGACCUCAACACUGUCUCUGAAGACCCCAGCUAUGAAGAUCUAGACCCAGGUACCGAUCCUCCACCAUCCAUGUUGGAGAACCCAGAUUUGGAUUCCCAAGAUUUAGACCCCGUGUCUUCAAGUUUUGACCUCGAUCCGGAUGUCAUUGGUCCUGUGCCUCUGGUUCUCAAUCCUGACAGUGACACAGCUGUCAGCUCGCCUGCUCCAGAAGGGGUGGACCCGCUUGCGUCUGCUCUCACUGCCACCCCUGAGGUCUUGGCCACCAGCCCCGCAGUGCUCCCUGCUGCCCCAGCCAGUCCACCCCGGCCCUUCUCCUGCCCCGAUUGUGGGCGAGCCUUCCGCCGAAGCUCUGGGUUGAGCCAACACCGCCGUACCCACAGCGGUGAGAAGCCCUACCGCUGCCCUGAUUGUGGCAAGUCCUUCAGCCAUGGUGCCACAUUGGCACAGCAUCGUGGCAUCCACACAGGUGCACGACCCUACCAAUGUGCGGCCUGCGGCAAAGCUUUUGGCUGGCGCUCCACACUGCUCAAACACCGCAGCAGCCACAGUGGCGAGAAGCCACACCACUGCCCAGUGUGCGGCAAGGCAUUCGGCCAUGGCUCAUUGCUGGCACAGCACCUGCGCACGCACGGUGGCCCUCGACCCCACAAGUGCCCAGUGUGUGCCAAGGGCUUUGGGCAGGGAUCUGCACUGCUGAAACAUCUGCGCACGCAUACAGGCGAGCGGCCUUACCCGUGCCCGCAGUGCGGCAAGGCCUUCGGGCAGAGCUCGGCAUUACUGCAGCAUCAGCGCACCCACACUGCUGAGCGGCCCUACCGCUGCCCCCACUGUGGCAAGGCCUUUGGGCAGAGCUCCAAUCUGCAACACCACCUACGCAUCCACACUGGGGAGCGACCCUACGCUUGCCCGCACUGCUCUAAAGCCUUUGGGCAGAGCUCAGCACUUUUGCAACACCUCCAUGUGCAUUCUGGUGAGCGCCCCUACCGCUGCCAGCUUUGUGGCAAGGCUUUUGGUCAAGCCUCGAGCCUCACCAAGCAUAAGCGGGUGCAUGAGGGGGCAGCUGCAGCUGCAGCAGCAGCAGUAGCUGGCCUGGGCCUAGGGCCUGGCUUGAGUUCUGCAUCUAUGUUGAGACCAGCACAGAUCUCAUUACUGGGUCCUGAUGCGGUUUCUGUACUGGGAUCUGGCCUGGGGCUUAGCUCUGGCCCUGCUCCCAGUCCCGAGCCUGGUUCUGUGCUUACUUCACUCCCUGAUCCCAGCUCCCAAACCCACUCUGGCUUGGGAUCCAUCCCCAACCCUAAUCUUAUUGAAUCUUCUGACCCUAAGCCUGGUCACAAUGUUGACCCUGACCUUAUAUCCAACCCUGAUGAUCAUGAAUCUGUGUCCAGUCCUGAUGGCAACCCUGAGUCCCCUAAUCCCUGCAGUCCCAUUCAUAACACUGUCAGUCCAGCCCUCCCUACUGAGGAGAACCCCAAGUGGGUAAAAGAGCAGGAAGCAUUGCUGGGGCCAGAUGGCUAGAGGGGGUGCCUGUAUUCAUGGUGUUCUGGGGAAGUGUGUGUUGUAUGCUUAGUAAAAUCCUCCCACUGCCUCCUG